UCGUAAACAGGAAGCCUUAGACAUACUCCACUCCCUCACCUCCCUUAAUUUUUGCAAUCCUGCCUUUACAGAGGCUUCUUUUGUUUCAUGCCAUUCCGACGCAUUCUUUACGACAGUGCGGAGGUUGUCCAACGAGGACGCCUCAUUUCAGUGCAGGAGAUACGGUGAUUCUGGGCGUAAGACGAUGGAUUUUGAUGCUGGGUCCGCCGCACUGGAGAGAACGGCCUCGCAUCACUCGAACGCCUCCGGAAAGAGCUCGCGAUCACACACUGUUCGAAUCAAGCCACGCAAAUAUGCCUCGUACAUGUCGAGUUCUGCCAGUUCGAUAUCCGACAAGUCGUUGACCUCGUUCCCCUCCUUCUCCCCAGAAUCGCCAAGAGACGAACGACCUUUGGCUCCUAAACUCACAGAUGGCACGGCAAACAGUUCACGAAAGCCCUCGGAUCCUGCAACCUCGAUGGUGGAGAGCUUGACCACCUCGUCUCCUUCGCAGAACCGUGUGGGCCUAUUUGACGAUGCGCCUCUGGCCACGCAGCAUGUUCCUGGCGCGAUACACCAUGCAAACGACGAGCACAUCGAAAGAUUGAUUGCACGGAAUGGGGCUGUUGCUCUGAUCAGGCAGAUAGCAGAAGAUCUGGCACAAAGGGACGCGCAAAUAGCUUCGAUCAGGCGCAAGGCGGAGAACAGGGAGCGUGCACUGAGGAAGAUCAUCCUGGAAUGCGGAUUGUCAAGUUUGGACUUGGAGGCUCGACUGCGUGCUAUUGAAGGGGAACAGAAGUCACCAACAGAAUCGAUUAAUGGCAGAGAUACAUUUGCUAGGGAAGGGGGUCUGGAGGAUCUUAUGAGUGAUGCGAUGGGUGAGACGGUGAUUCUCGGGGAGCGGGAGUUGACGAAUAAUGAUGCUACGAUACGUGCGGCUGAUACCCUGAGAGCGUUGGAGAGCAGGUCGACGGCAACCCAAAGAGGUUGGAAGGAUUAUUUAUGGGGAGGCACGAGCAGGAAAAGCAGUCAAGCGAGUAGUAUCAAUGGAGAUACUGGGAAUGGAAUCGAACCUGCCACAGUCCAGACAAGUGGAUCAGCAGGUCGAAAAUCAAUCAUGCAGAACGGCCUUUUUCAACCGCCUGAUACUGCUCAAAGCACAAGCCGUGCCUCUAGUCUGUCAGUUCAGGUCGCUACACCGAAUCGUGAUCGAAAGCCAUCCUCUGGCCUCGCUACUUUGGCCUUGAAGCUGGUCGCUGGAACCACGAUGACAAGUCGAGAUGUUGUUUCUGGAUCUGGUAAUCGAGGUCGUGCGAAUAGCACAGGUACAACCCCCCCUGGAAGAACACCAUCAACAGCGAGCGUCAGAACAACGAUGUCUGCCAGACCAGCCACGGUCAAGCCACUUCCGAAGGCGAUACCUGGCGCUCGUCGGACUACUGCAUCUGCAUCUACAGGCCAAAGCGGUGCUCUGAGAGCAUCCCAAGAGAGAUGGGACACCAUGGGUGCAAGCCCACAAGGCAAUACCUCUGGUGUACUUCCCGAGAAUUACGGUCCCGUUGAAAUGGAUACAAUUUUGCCUCUAGAGGCACAGCCGCCUACCCUUACCCAAAUUUACAACAACCAAUACAAUCAGGAAUAUCUCACUGAUCGCUUCGGUUUCAUUUAUGAUCAGCGACGGAAGAAGAGGCAAAGGGAGGCAGAGAAAAUGCAGAAGAACAAACGAAGCAGCCGUGUUGAAAUGCUGAGCAGUGCUCGGAGUGGGAUGUCAGUAGAUCUUGGAAAUGCUACUUUGGACGUCGAGGACGAGAGACCGGAUACCCCUGCCUCAACUGAUGAGAGAGGCGAAGAUGGGAAGCCAGCAAAGCGUUGGCAGGACUACUUGAAAAUCGCCACUUUCCCAACUGAACUCCUCUCUCACACUCCAUCUGGCGGCAUCCCUGUGUUCGAGGUCAUGGAAGGUGGAGAGGUGCCACGAUCUCCGGGAAUUAUGACCGAAGAGAGGGGCUUCAUUCCAUCAGCGAGCACUGCUGCAGCCCGACCUGCUAUUCCGGUGACUUCUGACAACGCCACUAUCUCCACGCCUGAUACCUCUGCGCCGCUUCCAUCAUCAGACCUGACGUCCGAGGAUACUGAGCCUGUCAAAUUAUUGUUGAAGCAGCUUGGAGAAGUUCACGACUCUCUCCAACGAGAAAAAACUGUCAGGUGGAACGACUUCCUCCGCAAAGUCCGGGCUGAGCGUAAGCGUGAUGGCGAAGCUGCGGCUGCUGCACUUGCUGCCACAGCAAGUACCCGCUCUGAACGACCUGUCGUUCUAAUGCCGGAAGCAACGUUGGCUGAUGGAGAAAUGAUUGGCGUCGCUGGAUUGGGUAACAAAGGUAAAGUCGGAAGAGCAAAGUGGAACGAAUUCAAGACGUUAGUCCUUGGUGGCAUACCCGUUUCCUACAGGGCCAAGAUCUGGGCUGAGUGCUCAGGGGCUGCUGCUCGCCGCAUCCCAGGAUACUAUGAUGACUUGGUAGCCCAACGAGAAGAAGAUGACGACCCGCAAAUCGUCGCGCAAAUCCAGAUGGACAUCAAUCGCACCUUGACGGACAACAUAUUCUUCAGAAAAGGACCGGGAGUCACCAAAUUGAAUGAAGUCUUAUUGGCUUACUCUCGAAGGAAUGCAGAGGUUGGAUACUGUCAGGGCAUGAACUUGAUCACAGCAUGCCUUUUGCUCAUUAUGCCCACAGCGGAAGAUGCAUUCUGGAUAUUGACUAGUAUCAUCGAGAGCAUACUCCCACGAGGCUACUACGACCACAGCCUCCUAGCCUCUCGGGCUGACCAGCAAGUACUUCGUCGCUAUGUCUCUGAGAUCUUACCUAAAUUAUCCGCACACCUUGACGAUUUGGGCAUCGAACUCGAAGCCCUGACCUUUCAAUGGUUCCUGAGCGUCUUUACCGACUGUCUUUCAGCCGAAGCUCUCUUCCGCGUCUGGGACGUCGUCUUCUGCACCAACGACGGCAGCACGUUCCUGUUCCAAGUCGCCCUAGCUUUACUGAAGCUCAAUGAGACUCAAUUACUGCAGUGCUCGACCCCAGCAAGCGUGUACACCUAUAUCAACCAUCAGAUGACAAACCACGCAAUCAGUAUCGAUGGUCUGAUCCACGCUUCGGAGGGGUUGAGAAAGGUUGUGAAGAGAGACGAAGUUGAGAACAGGAGAGCGAAGGCUAUUGAAGCAGAGAAAGACCUCAUCAGACAGCGAGAGGAGAGGAAUGUUAUCCGGCGCGCAGAACGCCUUGCAGCUGCAAACGGGACGAUUCUCGAUCUCGCAAGAGAGACUUCUGAGACCUCAAGUCUGGCACAUGACGACGGGAGCGAGAAUAAUGGGGAACUGACGGUUAGAACGCCGAUUCCGGUUAAGGACGAACCUGAGUUGGAACGUGGUUGAGGCAUUGAUUGGGAGCAUAAAUUGCGACAGGAGCGAUUGGAUGAAUGGAUGUCUUUUGCAUUUGCUGCGGGUCUGGGAGAUAUGAUGAUACCCCUGUUCGUUAUCAGUCUUGGGUGUAGAUAGGUGGAUGCUGGAGUUCGUAGAAUGAUGAGUCUUGAUGAGAAGCCACUAGUGUG